UGCCCUCAACCCUCACAAAUUAACCAAAGCUGGUGGAGGGCUCUCUACAUCAACAAUGGCAUUCAAUCAUGCUGAUCAGCUCUCUUUUGUUUUCGGCCUUCUUGGUACUAUCGUCUCGUUUCUUGUAUUUCUAGCCCCAUUGCCAACCUUUUAUAGGAUAUAUAAGAAAAAAUCAACAGAAGGCUUCGACUCGCUGCCUUAUUCUGUAGCACUAUUUAGUGCGACUUUAACCUUCUACUAUGCCUUCCUGAAGACAAGUGCACUUAUGCUCAUCAUCAUCAACUCCAUUGGCUUUGCCAUUGAAUCCAUAUACCUCGUCGUCUACAUGAUAUACGCACCCAGGAGAGCUAAGAUUUAUACAGCAAAGCUGCUUAUCUUAUUUAACAUAGGGUUUCUGGGGUUGAUCAUACUUUCCACAUCACUGAUCAUUCGAGAGAGUCAUCUGAGGCUCACAGCUGUUGGAUGGAUUUGUGCCAUAUUUUCUGUUUGUGUUUAUGCUGCUCCUCUUAGUGUCAUGAAGCUGGUUAUAACAACAAAGAGUGUGGAAUUCAUGCCAUUGUCACUAUCAUUCUCUUUGACAAUCUGUGCUAUAAUGUGGUUCUUCUAUGGUCUACUGAUAAAGGAUUUCUUCGUAGCGGUAAAGUUUGUGAUUCUGUCAAAGCUUUAA